UCUUGUUCCUGUUUAAUCCCCCUCGUCUUGAAAGUCGUUUCUAUUUCUCAAUAUGUUACUCCCCUUUUUGGCCUUUCUUUAAAUAUAAUCUAUUCUUUUCCCUAAAGUUUGUCUCUUGUCCUUAACUUAUUCAUACACUGUUAACAUAUUAAUCAUUAAAAAUGUAUAAUAUACGAAUAACAUAUUAAUCAUUGAAAGAAGUAAUCACCAUGGCAUCUUGGUCUUAGAUUCUCAGUUCCACGCAUGCAUUUCUUCCUCAGGAGAGACAUCAGCAUAUCCAUCUUGAAACUUUGAAGAGUCUGCUCAGUUUUUGAGUGAAUAAAGUAAAUAUGGAUGAUAUGAAAGCUCCAUUGUUGCAGAACUCAGUUACUUCAUUAAAAUGUGAGUUCAUCUCCAAAUUGCCUCACAAAGUUCGCUCUGGACUUGAUCCUGAAACCCCUCUUGAUAUUGACCUCUCUAAACUCACUGGCUUCAUUCAAGGGGAGAAGGAAUACUAUGAAAAACAAUUUGCAACACUUAAGUCCUUCGAGGAAGUCGACUCUCUGGAGUCGAAUAAUGCCAUUGAUGAAGAGCAAUACUGCAUCGAGCAAGUCCAACAUGAGAGAGCAAUGAACAUUUCUAAUUGUGCAAAUUUUGUGUUACUUGCAUUCAAGAUAUAUGCUACAAUAAAGAGUGGAUCUAUGGCGAUUGCUGCAUCGACUCUAGAUUCUUUGUUAGAUCUCAUGGCUGGUGGCAUACUUUGGUUCACAAAUUUGUCAAUGAAAAACAUAAACAUAUACAAAUAUCCUAUUGGAAAAUUAAGGGUGCAACCAGUAGGCAUUAUCAUCUUUGCUGCUGUCAUGGCCACUCUAGGCUUCCAAGUGCUCAUCCUAGCUCUCGAACAACUAAUCAAAGACAAACCUUCUGCAAAAAUGACUUCCUCCCAACUCAUUUGGUUGUAUUCAAUCAUGCUGACAGCUACUGCAGUGAAACUUGUCCUAUGGAUUUACUGUAGAAGCUCCGGGAACAACAUUGUCCGCGCAUAUGCAAAGGAUCAUUACUUUGAUGUGGUAACGAAUGUGAUUGGCUUGGUCGCUGCUGUUCUUGGCGAUAAAUACUAUUGGUGGAUUGAUCCACUUGGCGCUAUCAUCCUUGCAAUCUAUACCAUUACUAAUUGGUCUGGAACCGUGAAGGAAAAUGCAGUUUGCCUGGUUGGACAAUCAGCUCCUCCUGAAGUUCUGCAGAAACUCACAUACCUUGUCCUAAGACACCAUCCUCAAAUCAAACGGGUUGACACGGUUCGCGCUUACACCUUCGGUGUUCUUUAUUUUGUUGAGGUUGACAUUGAGCUGCCGGAAGAUUUGCCAUUAAAAGAAGCUCAUGCAAUUGGAGAAUCAUUGCAGAUUAAGAUUGAAGAGCUCCCUGAAGUUGAGAGAGCCUUUGUUCAUCUUGAUUUUGAGUGUGACCACAAGCCAGAACACUCUGUUCUUAACAGGCUCCCAAGUAGCUAGCCAGUGUCAGUUUUUUUUUUUUUUAAUUUCCCAUCAAUACUUCUAUUUCUUGAGACUUCAAAUUCCAUAAAACUUUUCAUAAUCGUGUGCUAAAAAAUUUCUACUUG